AGUAAUUUCUUCACCCAAGGGUGAAGAUGAAGCCUGGACUGAUUAUAAAAGCUUCCUUUGCUCAGUACCCUUCACUGCUGCCAGCUUCUUGCUGUAGCUCUGCAUUCCUGUGCACUGAGGGGAUAACGUGAGGCUGGGAAGAUGACUAAACUUGAGGAGCACCUGGAGGGAAUCGUCAAUAUCUUCCACCAAUACUCAGUUCGGACGGGGCAUUUUGACACCCUCUCUAAGGGUGAGCUGAAGAAGCUGAUGGCAAAGGAGCUUGUAAACCUCAUCGAGAAUGCCAAAGAUAAAGCUACAGUUGACGAAACAUUCCAAGGCCUGGAUGCUAAUCAAGAUGAUCAGGUCGACUUCCAGGAAUUCGUAUCCCUGUUGGCCACUGUGCUGAAGGCUUCCCACGACAAUACCCACAAAGAGUAGGGAGCUCUCUGAAGGUCUUUUACCCAGCAGUGUCCCCAACGAGGGUCUUUCCUUUCCCUCACCAAAACCCAGCCUUGCCGAGGGGAGUGAGAGUUAAUAAAUGUACUCAUGAAAAGUUC